CGUUUUUGAAAACAAACACACGCAACUAAUGCUAUAAUUUCCGUGUGAGGAUUUUGGUGUUCAAAUCAGCCUAUAAAAGGGCUCUCUGUUCUUGUUCCCGUCCCGUUCGGAGAGCUUGAUCGGUUUUGAGAUGGCUCAGUCCGGGCGGAGAUCAGGUGGUGCGGGUGCAGUGGCCGUGGUCGCGGUGUGGCUGAUGAUCUGGUUGGAACUUGGGGAUGCUGCUGCAACUUUUAUGGUUGGUGACUCUAAUGGAUGGAACUUCAACGUGAAGGGAUGGCCAAAUGGGAAGGUCUUUAGAGCUGGUGAUGUACUCAGAUUCAAGUACGACCCAAGAGUUCACAAUGUGGUGGCAGUGGACGAGGAGGGCUACAACAGCUGCACAGCUCCAACAGGAACCAAAGUGUUGAGUUCAGGCAACGAUGAGAUCAAGCUCUCACCAGGACACAACUUCUUUAUAUGCACCACCCCAGGCCACUGCCAAGCUGGGAUGAAGAUUGCCACCACUGCCCUCUAGUUUCCCAAAUUGCCCUCCUUAACGUGUCGGUGUCCAUGUAAAUGUUCACGUCUUCGCAUUAUAUAUGAAGGACGUCGAUGUAAUAGAUGUUUUGGGAGAAGUAUAGAUAUAAAAGAGAAUUUAUUAAUGAAUAAGUGUUUACACUUUUUAAAAUGAA